GCCCUAGGGCUACAACUUUGCCGAAGAAAAAAUAGGAAAAUUGAAAAAAAAAAUCUAACCACUGGGGAUUUUUACUGUUACGAAUUACACUUGAUGUACUGACAACAUCACACGAAAUGAAUGCGUGAAAAAGUUAAGCUUUAGGAGGAGUUUAAAUCAACACACGUAACCAUAAUUAAUUUUUUGAUAACAAUGAAUAGCUAGUUAUAGAUAGUAUUGUUAGUUUGAUUUCAAACAGUAAAUAAAUCAGACGUGAAGAUCAACGUUGUGAAGAAAGUUAUUUCUUAAGUUAUAGUUAAACCGCCAAAGAUUAUAGUUUCAACAACCAUGGACAAUGCACAAGAACAAACAGUUAACGACAUAAAUGAAUCAAAACCUCUAAAAUUACCCUACCCAAAAAGGAUAUUUCUCAUCAUUGGAAAUGAAUUUUGUGAACGAUUCAAUUUCUAUGGAAUGCUAACAAUUUUACCACUGUUUAUUAAAGACAAACUGGGCUACACAGAAAACGGAGCGACUAUAUUAUAUCAUACUUUCACAAUGAUGGUAUAUUCGAUGUGCGUCUUUGGCGCCAUAAUAUCAGAUACUUGUACACUCACUCCAAUUCUCAGAGCAGACGUUCAUUGUUUUGGAGAAAAUGACUGUUAUUCACUUGCGUUUGGAGUUCCUGCUAUUUUAAUGAUCAUUGCCAUCCUAAUGUUUGUAUGUGGAAAAUCGUCAUACACAUAUGUUGAAGUAUCAGAAAAUAUGAUCAUAAAAAUGUAUAAAUGCAUAAAGCAUGCAAUUUCUACUAGACGAUGCGCAAGGGAAACGAAUCCUCGAAAAAACUUACUUGAUUACUCGAUAAAUAGGUUUGGAACACAAUUAGUUAUCGACACAAGAAGAAUGUUGAACAUUUUGGUUCUCUUAUUACCGUUUCCCUUUUUUGAGGCUUUGUUUAUGCAAACUGGAUCACGCUGGAUAUUUCAAGCGGCAAAAAUGAAUGGUGACAUUGGCUUUUAUACUAUAAAACCUGAUCAAAUCGGAGUUCUAGAAUCCUUUUCAUGGCUCAUACUCAUUCCGAUAUUUGACGGCAUUUUGUAUCCGAUUUUAAGUAAAAUUGGUUUAGGAAGACCAUUACAACGGAUUGGCUUGGGCGGAGUUCUUGCGGGAAUAUCGUUUUUACUUUCAGCAGGUCUUCAAUUCUGGAUUGAAUCAUCGCCUAAAAAUUCCGUAAACAUUCUGUGGCAGGUGCCACAAUACGUACUCUUAUCUAUGGGUCAAGUAAUGUAUAGUGUAACAGAAACCUAG